UAGGGUUAGGCAACCUUAAUAAAAGGAAAGAAAUGUUGUUUGUGCACACACACUAACUACGUUUUUUGUGUUUUUAGCAGAUAGAUAGAUAGAAGCAUGAUGGAUAGGCUUCUAUCGUCUUCUUCACCCCUUUCUCUCAAAACCCUCAAACCUUUACCAUUCCUCAAUCGAUUUCAAUUUCAAUUUGAAUAUGCAACUACAAGUUUCAAUCUUUCCCCAUCAACACGUUCUUUUUUCAGACGGGGGGGCACUUCUAUUUCUUGCAACCGUUGUCAAAACCCAUCUCCAUUAUCAUCUUCUUCCACACACCCCAAUCAUUUUCCAACCCUUUCGUCCUCUUCAGAUGAUUCCGUAUCCCAAUCCCAUUCUCUUACUCAGAUCGCAACUGGGAUUUUCCAGAAACCAAAGGCAAUAACAGCUCGGACCCUUGUAAUACUCGCUGCACUUGUCGCGAUCUUAAUUCAACCAGCUAUUGUACCAGCAGCCUAUGCAACGUUUCAAACGGCUACCCAGACCGGUGGUCCUGCUGCCGCUGCAGUUGGUGGAAAACUAAUCCGCACCGAGCUCCUAAGUAGUGCUUGGACUGGUUUUUUUGCAGGCUGCUUGCACACUUUAUCAGGUCCUGACCACCUUGCAGCAUUGGCUCCAUUGUCUAUCGGUCGCACCAGAUUGGAGAGUGCUGCUGUAGGAGCCCUUUGGGGUUGUGGCCAUGAUGCUGGUCAACUUAUCUUUGGCUUAAUAUUUUUAAUAUUGAAAGAUCGACUUCACAUUGAAAUUAUCCGAACUUGGGGAUCCAGAGUUGUUGGUUUAACCUUGCUAGUAAUUGGUGCUAUGGGAAUUAAAGAAGCUUCAGAAGCGGCUGCCCCAUGUGUUGCCUUAGAAAAUGGUGAAUGUGAUGCUGGUGUCUAUGAAUCUCUUAAUAAUCCAACACCACGAAAGAAGAAGAUUGGUUUUGCUACUUUUGCGACAGGGAUAGUUCAUGGACUGCAACCAGAUGCAUUGAUGAUGGUAUUGCCAGCCCUUGCUUUGCCUUCUCGUUUGGCGGGUGCCGCAUUUCUAACCAUGUUCUUAGUUGGAACUGUAGUUGCAAUGGGAGGUUAUACAGUAUUCAUAGGUUCGUGUAGCCAGGCGCUAAAGGAUAGAGUACCUAGGAUAACAGAGAAGCUCACUUGGGCUUCUUCCCUUAUUGCAAUAGCCCUCGGAUUUGCCAUCAUUAUUAGCCAGUUUUUUGGGUUUACACUCUAUUAAUACAUCGUUAAUCGCAAGGAACCUUUUAUUUACGAUAAUGGUUUUGGGUCAAGAAAAAGUAGAGACUUUAGGGGGAAUUAGAGCAAGUUCAUGUGAAACUGUUGUCAAUUAUUUGAUUUUGCUUUAGAAUGUCAAUAGUUUUGUAAGUUAAAUGAUUCUGCAGCUGAGAACUACGUAGGUCAUUUCUCAAUUUCAUUUUAGUUCAUCUAUGUUUAGUAUGCCUCUGAAUAUAUGUAUACAGUAUACACUAUUGUGGUGAAAUAUACGUAUACAUGAUAUUUCAUUAAUUAUUAUGUGGCUUGUUUUUCAAA